AUGACUGCCGGCGUGGCUACCAAGCGCAAAUCGCGCUCGAGGAAAAGCUGGGCGCGAAUUGAGAAUGACACGCAGGCAUCAGAUUUCACGGAUAUAGGCGAUUGGCCGACGCUAGGCGCUGCUGUGGCCGCUCGGUGUCAUUCGACACCGCCGCCGCACGAUGACCCCGCGCACCAUAAUGGCAAUGCGGACCAAGAGAGGAACCCUCCAGAAGAACAGCCCAAGCCAGAAAAGGUGGAGCAACAGAAUCACAUCGAUAAACACGCGCAUAGCGACAAGAAUAAGAAUACUGCUGGAAGAGGCGGUAAUAAGUCGGGCAAACAUAAAUGGGUGCCGCUGGAUAUUGAUGUGAAAGCUGCUCGUCCGGGCAAGCAUGCUGCUCAACAUAAUGCCAGGCAGGAUAACGAUACAGUGUCCCUGAAUGGGGAAGACAGACAGAGGGGUGCUACACGCGGUAGGGGCGCAGUAAGGGGUGCAAGGGGGGUCAGGCGGCCAGGUCCCCGUCCUGCAUCCGUUCACUCGCAUCCUCAUCCGCUGUACCAUCACCCGGAUUAUCCGCAUCACGAUUUGGCACAGCUCCGAGUUGCUCAGCCGGCGAUGCCUCAGGGUCUCGUGCUGCACUACGGGAUCGGGGCUUUAGGGCCCCCCGGAGCGCUCGCCCCUGGAGCCAUCGCUCCUGGGGGUCUGACGCCAGGGGCUCUUACCCCGGCUAUGGCGCCUCCAUUGGCCCAGGCGUACUACUUUGGUGCUGCGGCGGCGAAUACAGCUGCCUUCGGAAUUGGAUUGGACCAAGUCACGCUGAAAGAUCUUAUUAAGAAACAGAUCGAGUACUACUUCAGUCCGGACAACUUAGCGCGUGAUUUCUUCCUCCGUCGCAAGAUGUCGUCCGACGGGACAAUUCCCGUGACGUUGAUCGCGUCCUUCCACCGCGUACGUGCGCUCACGGCUGACGUGCAACUGGUGCUUGAUGCUAUACGGGAUUCUGAUAAGCUGGAACUCAUACAAGGAUUUAAGGUGCGAACAGCUAUCGAGCCUAUGAAAUGGGUGUUAGCUGACAUCGCGUUAGGUGCAAAUGACGAAGAGAAAGCUGAAAAAACUGAAGACACGAACAAAUCCCAGAAAACCGAAAACAUUGAUAAAACCGACACAGAAAAGCAAUCUGAAGAUAAAGGAGAGGAAACGGAGAGUUUGGAUAAAGAGAGUUCUGAUAAGGAGAUAGUUGUAGAUAAACCAGAGGAGGAUUUUCGCGGGGAGCGGAUAGAAGACCCGCCGAGGAUAGAUAGUGAAGAUGUUGAACUGAAAACAAUUCCUGAAACCGCCCGGCGAUCCGCUAACGAAACUAACGAAAUUAAAGAUGAAGUGAAAAGUGAAGUGAAGGAGGCAAGUGAAGAAAAUAAUGAUGUGGAUGACGAAGUUAAAACCGAAGAAGCACAAAAGGACUCCAAUGAUGACCCCCCGCUACAGUCUGAUGGGUCUGAGAAGCCUGGGGAGAAACGCCGUAAGAAGCAAAUGGUGGGAAUUUUCCCGUUAGCGACCAUGGGUGGUCCCCUGGUAGCGCCCGUUUCUAGUUUGUUGCGAUGCGUUCCGCCACCGCCAUUGCCCAGAAUGUUCCGGAGCAGUCGUGGCACGGGUUCCAUAUCGCCCCUUGCUCGCGACAACUUGAACCCGGAUGUACCGGAGUUUGUUCCGCAGGCUGUGAGACAACAGGAACCAAUUGAAAAAGGUGCAACGGAGCAGCUAAACAGCCCCAAUAAUGAAAGGGCUGAUCCCAAUGUCUGGACAGAGGUGAAACGUCGCACAAAAGCCGGGUCCCGUGAGCGAGGUAACGCACGCGAGGAACCCGAGGAGCCUCGCGAAGAGCUGCACUUCCAGCUGGAUGAAGAGCUGGAUUUGCCCCCGCCGAGGCAUAACACCUUCACUGACGCCUGGUCUGACGACGAAUCGGAAUCGGAGUUCACAGACGGGGACAUAGGCCGGCUGCUCAUCGUAACCCAGACGACUACCAGGGCGCCUAAACAUGACGGAUACGACCGUCAAGGCGAUUGGUCCACUCGCACUAAGAUCACUCAGGACUUGGAGCAGGUGAUCACAGAUGGACUCCGACGCUAUGAAGAGGAUUUGUGGGGGGAAUUUUCAAUGUGUAACAGUGGAGGCAGUCAGUACCGCACCGUGUCUUUGAUCAGUCGUGAGCAGUUUGAAGCCACUGUUCCUGCUGAGAAGCACAGCAACCCCGUGGAGCCUCCACCACCGCCGCCGCAUCAAACGCAACAGAUGGAGUCCCAAAACGAAGCAGGCAAGGCGAAGCGUCCAAGACGUACUGCACGCUUCUACGCCGCGAGCAAGGACCCGCACGCCACUGAUGUCAUAAGCAGCCGCAAACACAAGACGCGGCACAGCCUGAACCCUCCAGUGGAGCAUCACAUCGGGUGGGUCAUGGACAUCCGCGAGCACAGGAGACAUCAUAGGGAUAGCGGAUCUUCUCUCGGCACUUCACCGACACUAGGCUCGUCAUGCGGCUCCGCUCCUCAAUCGUUGCCUGCCUUCCAUCACCCGUCGCACGGAUUGCUGCGAGAGAACCACUUCACGCAACAGGCCUAUCACAAAUAUCACUCACGGUGCCUCAAAGAACGCAAGAAGCUUGGAAUCGGUCAGUCGCAAGAGAUGAACACACUCUUCCGUUUCUGGUCCUUCUUCCUUCGGGACCACUUUAACAGGACCAUGUACAACGAAUUCAGAGCGUUGGCGAAUGAAGACGCUGUUGCUGGUUUCCGUUACGGCCUUGAAUGCCUUUUCCGUUUCUACUCGUACGGACUCGAGCGUAAAUUCCGUCCGGAACUGUACAAAGACUUCCAAACUGAAACUAUGCAGGACUAUGAGAAUGGUGGUCAAUUAUAUGGAUUAGAAAAGUUCUGGGCGUUCCUGAAAUACUACAAACAUGCUGCAGCGCUUCAAGUUGAGCCUAAACUCAAAGGUUACCUCGCCAACUUUAACACCAUCGAGGACUUCAGAGUACUUGAGCCCCAAUUAAACGAACUAUUGGGUGCGCAAGGACCCAAUGCACCAGGCCGUGGACCCCACGCCCGGCCCUACGACAGACACAGAUCUGUGUCCGAAAGCGAUAGGCCACACCAUCAGCACCACAGGAACUAUUUCAAAGCUCCAAACACAUCUGGCAACAACGAACGCGGCCGAGCUGGCUCUUGCGGCGCACAGAGCGUUGUCGCUAUCAACAGGACCAGGCCACCAAAAUCAAAACCGGAUCAAGAAAUGAAGCAGCCGGUCGCGGCGCGUACGCAGUGA